GAUGACGAGCAAGCAAAGUAUCAAAUACUGCUAUUAAAAUGUUGCAAAUGCUGCAAAAGGGCAAAGGAAUGACAUCUUUAUUGCUCAGCAGCUACCAACUGCUCCAAUCCAAAUUUGCCCACCAUAUUCUUACCGCACCUUCUACUACUGCUAUUCUCAAGCCCAGUUCUCUUCCUUUCCUCCGCCACAACCGCUCUUAUCAAAUCCGAGGAAUGACGUCAGUUCAGGGAGUCCAGGACCCGGAAACUGUAUCGUAUUUAAGGCAGAGUGAAGCUGCUGAGAUUGAUGAGAUUCUUAUGGGCCCUCUUGGAUUCAGCGUCGAUCAGCUUAUGGAGUUGGCUGGUUUGAGUGUUGCUACUGCUAUAGCUGAGGUUUAUAAAUCAAGUGAACGCAGUCGUGUUCUUGCUAUUUGUGGUCCUGGCAACAAUGGUGGCGAUGGUCUUGUAGCUGCUCGACAUUUAUACCACUUUGGGUAUAAGCCAUACAUUUGUUACCCCAAGCGAACUGCCAAGCCUCUUUAUAAUGGUCUGGUGACCCAGCUUGAGUCACUGUCAGUACCUUUCCUGUCAGUGGAAGAUCUUCCUAUGGAUUUGUCAGACAGCUUUGACAUUCUAGUUGAUGCAAUGUUUGGAUUCUCCUUCCACGGUACACCUAGACCACCCUUCGAUGAUCUGAUUAGGAGACUUUUGAACUUGACAAGUCCUGACAUGAAUGCUUCAAGACUACCUGCAAUUGUCUCUGUAGAUAUUCCAUCCGGAUGGCAUGUGGAAGAAGGAGAUUUAAGUGGUGAUGGCAUUAAACCCGAUAUGCUGGUUUCUUUAACUGCUCCAAAAUUAUGUGCCAAAAAGUUUACUGGUCAACACCACUUUUUAGGCGGCAGAUUCAUUCCACCAGCUAUCAUUGACAAAUUCAGGCUUCAGCUUCCAGCAUAUCCUGGCACAUCUAUGUGUGUACGAAUAGGAAAGCCUCCAAGAGUUGACAUAUCAGCUUUGAGAGAGAACUAUGUUUCUCCUGAGCUUCUUGAGGGGCAAGUUGACUCUGAUCCUUUUGAUCAGUUCCAAAAGUGGUUUGAUGAUGCUUUGGCAGCAGGCUUGAAGGAACCAAAUGCCAUGUGCCUGUCAACAACUGGGAGUGAUAGAAAACCUUCAUCACGGUUUGUUCUACUGAAGGGUUUCAACAAAGAUGGCUUUGUGUGGUAUACCAAUUAUGGAAGUCGAAAGGCUCAUCAAAUAUCUGAAAAUCCUCAUGCUGCUCUCCUUUUUUACUGGGAUGCUUUGAAUCGCCAGGUAAGAGUGGAAGGUUCUGUGGAGAAAGUAUCUGAAGCGGAGUCUGAGCAUUAUUUUCAUAGUCGUCCACGGGGAAGUCAGAUUGGAGCAAUUGCUAGUGAUCAGAGUUCUGUAAUUCCUGGUCAGCAAGUGCUUCACCAAAAGUACAAGGAUUUGGAGGCAAAGUACUCCGCGGGGAGCUCAAUCCCAAAGCCCAAGCACUGGGGAGGAUACAGGCUCAAACCAGAAGUUUUUGAGUUUUGGCAAGGGCAGCAAUCUCGCUUGCAUGAUAGGUUGCGCUACACUCCAAAAGAGAUUGAUGGGAAGAGAGUAUGGAAAAUUGAUCGAUUAGCUCCCUGACUAGCAUUCUCAGUAUCUUCUCUAUGAAACAUCCUAGUGAUUCAGCAUGAUACAAGAGAAAAUUUGAGUAAAUAUCGCGCCUCAUUUCAGCAUGUUGAAAACUCCUGAGCAGAGAACUAAGAGGACUAUAUGGAGUAUGAGAUAUAUGUAUAGUGACUUGAUCUUCUGUAGAAGAGUACCAAUGCCAAUUACUAGAAUAAGAGAGAGAGAGAGAGAGAGAGUAGAUAUAAAGCCCUGCAGAAAAGGAAUUUUUCCUUAAUCAACUGUGGGUUUUCUUACAUUGUCCUUUUGCUUCUACUGAGAGCCAUGUUUGUAAGGAUUUUGCAAAUAAAGCUAACCUUGUGUCACUGGCGUUCAAUGUGUGUGUCAUUUUUUUAA